AUGCUGCUCAAGGUGUUGAUCAGUUUCCAUUCACAUUGCAAGAUCUUGAAUUAUGUUAUCAAUAUUGAUUGGCACAGCUUAAAUGAGCCCCUGUCAGUCAUCGGGGUGACCUGGUGGGGCAGCGACUGGCAGCGACGGGCCCCCUCUAAGUCUCAUUCCCACCUUCAUCAUCUCCCCGUUCACUCAACGCUGUUGAUCGUUCUUUCACUGCUCACAACGCUUUUCUAUUUGCUGGUCAAAAAUCAAGUUUUCGCUUCUACUGUGUUCUUCAGUGGACUUGCUACUGUCAUCAACGCCGUGCCAAGUCUCUCCCGGCGCACGGAUGGACUAGUGGAACCGGCCUCCAAGUGGACCCUGAAGGUAGCAAUUAGAAACACCCAUUAUUGGAGAAAAAUCAAGAAAAUGCGAGCAUCGUCGGACGAUAUAGCCGUUCUCAUCGUGGGACCAGAUCACACUUUUGCUGCUACGACUCCUGGUUAUGAUCCUGCCACAACUCCAGGAACAUUUAUUCAGCCCCCAGUCGACGAUAUCCCAAAAGCUACUCGAGGAAUGUCACGCUUGAAUGGUGAAUACUACAUGUUACUGGAACUAGAAACCAAGUUCUCUUUCACUAGAGUUGAACUGGAUGAGGAGGCAAUUUUCAACACCUGUCAUGCCCUGACCACAACCAACCAGUCCCAGCACCAUCCCACAUGCUUCCUUACACCUCCCCAAGACAUCCGACCUCCCCAAGACAGGACCACGGGUACUACGCACCUCCCCAAGACAGGACCACGGGUAAUACGCACCUCCCCAAGACUAUCCUGA